CACCCGGCUGACUGAAUAAAAAUAAGUAAAUUAUAUAUUAAAUACAUAAAUUUCAUCCUUAAUUCAUUUUGAAAAGUGAUUUUUCUUAGCGGAAAAUUAUAUAGACGCUCAUAGUGAUUAUAAUUAAAAAGUAUAUGAAGUCGACAUAUAAGACUUCAACAUGGAUGUAAAAUCGUACUUAUUUUCGUGGUGUGCGAAGAAAUCUUUAACGCCACAAUUCGAUAUUAGGGGCACUGGCCCUAAACAUCGUCAAAGGUUUCUCUGUGAGGUUCGAGUAGAUGGCUACACAUAUGUUGGAGCAGGUAACUCCGUUACCAAGAAAGAAGCACAAAAGAAUGCUUCCAGAGACUUCUUGAACUUUCUUGUGAGGUCUGGUGAAUUGUCUGCUUCCGAUGUACCUGAAGAUGUACAAGUUAAGGCCGAUGUAUCUGACACAGCAUCAAUGGCUGGUGAUAUUGAUCAAUCCUUUUCGAAUAAACCAGUUUUCCAGGAGGGGAUGGGUCCUGAAGUUAUGGGAUCAGCAUAUCAAGCAUAUGGAGGUCAAAAUGAAAACUUUACCUACAUAGAUAGGAUGCAACAACAAAAGAAUGUUGAGGAGGCCGAGGACCUUGAUGUUAAUGCAAGUCUUCAUGGUAAUUGGACUAUGGAGAAUGCUAAGUCUAAACUUCAUCAGUUUAUGCAGAUUAACAGAAUUAAUGCGGAUUAUGUGUAUAAAGCUGUUGGUCCAGAUCAUACAAGGAGUUUCUGUUGCGAGAUGACUAUAUACGUACGUCAGCUCGGCCGCAACGUCACCGGGCGCGAGACGGCAUCGAAUAAGCAAACUGCUAGCAAAUCGUGCGCAUUGUCGCUAGUGAGGCAACUCUACCAUCUCGGUGUCAUUGAACCCUUCAGUGGGACCCUGAAAAAGGACAGAUCGUCAGAAGGCUUGAUGAAGCCCUACCCUGUGGCUAUCGAUCCCAGUCUAGAACAACAAAUUGAAGAGACAUUGAGAGAACUACAAAUCGAGCCUGUAGAUGUGAACGCACCCCAAGAGAACUCUGACGGACAAGCCGUUACAAUUCUACAAUUGGACAGAGUGAAAGCCAUGAAGGAAGCAAAGCAAACAGCUGGCGGAGUUGUGUCCUGGUCUCCACCGCAGGCCAAUUGGAAUGCCUGGACUGGGUGUAAUAUUGAUGAAGGACCGCUUGCGACAACUAGCCUUGAUGAUAUCAGCGCUGACUUGGAAAAGCAUCAUCGAGACAUGUGCCAGAAUAGUACUCUGUAUCAGGAGAGCUUGCGAGAGCGUGAACAGUUGCCAGUAUAUGGAAUGCGUUCGCAAAUAAUGGAGGCGAUUAACGAUAACUCGGUUAUUAUUAUACGCGGUAACACUGGCUGCGGUAAAACUACACAGGUGUGCCAAUUCAUAGUGGACGACUACAUAGCGAGCGGGCAGGGCGCGUGGGCGAACGUGUGCGUGACGCAGCCGCGCCGGAUAUCCGCUGUCAGCGUCGCCGAGCGCGUCGCCGCCGAGCGCUGCGAGGAGCUCGGCAACAGCGUGGGAUACUCAGUGCGUUUCGAAUCGAUACUCCCUCGACCGUACGGUUCGAUUAUGUUCUGUACCGUGGGUGUGCUGCUGAGGAAACUCGAGGGAGGUCUGCGGGGAGUUAGCCAUGUACUUGUGGAUGAGGUGCACGAAAGGGAUGCGGAUACGGACUUCGCGCUUAUAUUGCUCCGUGACAUGGCGCACACUUACCCAGACUUGCGGAUCAUCCUCAUGUCGGCGACCGUCGACACCACGCUGUUUAAAAACUAUUUCGGCGAUUGUCCCGUUAUCGAGGUACCGGGUAGAACGUAUCCCGUACAGCAAUACUUCCUAGAAGACUGCAUCCAACUCACAUCAUUUAUGCCUCCACCCGAUACGAGGAAGCGCAAGUCGUCUGGCAAGAAGGCAAAUAGAAAUGAUGAUGACGAUGAUGAUGAUGAAGGCGAAGGUGCUGAGGAAGAAGAGGAUCUGAAUAAGAAUUGCGAACUCGACUCUAAUUACUCGCCGCAAACUAAAGAUGCCAUGUCUAAAUUAUCUGAAAAAGAUCUAAGUUUCGAGUUAAUAGAAGCGAUACUACUCUACAUAAAGAACUUAGGUCAAGAUGGGGCUAUACUAAUCUUCCUGCCGGGCUGGAACCUGAUAUUUGCUCUAAUGAAACACCUCAGUCAGAACAGGGAGUUUGGGAAUCAGAACAGCUAUGUUAUUCUACCAUUGCACAGUCAGAUACCGAGGGAGGAUCAGAAGAAAGUGUUUGUGACACCACCGCCUGGUAUCACUAAGGUGAUCCUAUCAACAAACAUAGCGGAGACGUCAAUAACAAUAAACGACGUGGUGUACGUGAUAGACUCUUGCAAGGCCAAGAUGAAGCUGUUCACAUCACACAACAACAUGACGUCAUACGCCACAGUGUGGGCCAGCCGCACUAACUUGGAGCAGCGCAAGGGGCGCGCGGGGCGGGUGCGCGCCGGCGUGUGCUUCACGCUGUGCUCGCGCGCGCGACACCGCCGCCUCGACGAGCACCAGACCGCCGAGAUGUUCCGCACGCCGCUGCACGAGCUCGCGCUCAGUAUAAAACUCCUGCGCCUGGGCAACAUAGGCCACUUCCUGUCCAAGGCGCCGGAACCGCCGCCAUUGGACGCGGUGAUUGAAGCCGAGGCGCUCCUGCGCGAGUUGGGUUGUUUGGACAGUAGCGAUGCGCUUACGCCGCUUGGUACUAUACUGGCUAAAUUACCUAUCGAACCGCGCCUCGGCAAGAUGAUGGUGCUGGGCUUCGUGCUCGGCUUAGGGGACGCACUUACUACAAUGGCGGCCAACUCGACGACGUUCCCGGAGAUAUUCGCGGUGGAGGGGCGGCGCCGGCUCGCCGGCCACCAGCGCGCGCUCGCGGGCGACCGCGCCAGCGACCACGUGGCCAUGCUCAACGCGUUCCAGAUGUGGGAGCGGGAGAAAUCGAAAGGAGAAGAGUGCGAAAUACAGUGGUGCGAGUGGAAGGGAGUGCAGCACACCACACUGCACGUCACGUGUGAGGCCAAAUACCAGCUCACGAAUAUCCUCACAACCACACUGGGUUUCCCGGAAGAGUGUUGUGUGCCGCAACGCUGGAAUCCCACCGGGGAGAAUUCCGACUUGGACAUGGUGAUAGCUCUGUUGUGUAUGGGAUUGUAUCCCAAUGUGUGUUUGCAUCAAGGGAAACGGAAGGUGCUUACAACGGAAGGCAAGCCGGCUCUGAUACACAAAACUUCAGUCAACUGCAGCAAUCAGGAGCAAAGGUUCCCGUCGCCGCUCUUCGUUUUCGGCGAAAAGGUGCGCACGCGCGCAAUCAGUUGCAAGCAGACGACUAUGGUGGCGCCACUGCACUUGUUGUUAUUUGGGUGUAGGAAGAUUGAGUGGAUAGACAACGUGGUGCGGCUGGACAAUUGGCUGAACUUCGCGAUGUCGGCGCGCAGCGCGGCGCUGGUGGCGGCGCUGCGGCCCGCGCUCGAGCGGCUCGUCGAGCGCGCCGCCGCCGAGCCCGACGCGGCGCUCUCCUUCUCGCCGCUCGAGCUUAAGGUUAUCCAAUGCGUAAGAGCGAUAUGUGAAUUCAACGCCGGCGAUUACAACAUACAAAGGAACAUUUCAGUACCAACAUUCCGCCCAGAUGGGCCUAAACGGGGCAAUAUUAGAGGAUGGGGCACUAAUGGACCCAGAGGAGGUUUUGGGGGCGGUAGUUAUGGUUUCGGAAAUAACCAAGGCUUUGGAAACAAUCAAGGUUUUGGAAGCAAUCAAGGUUUUGGAAACAACCAAGGUUUUAGAGGGAACGCAGGAUUUGGAGGCAACCAAGGUUUUGCUCCAAGAGGUGGUUAUGGGAACCAAAGGUUUGGUAAUCGCGGUUAUGGAAAUCGCGGUUUUCGUGGACGAGGCACAUUCCGAGGAGGACGCUGGUAAUAUGGAUAUAAAAGUCUAUUGUGAUGUUGUGUCUAUGUACUUUAUGUAAAUGUAAUUAAUAAAUUCUGACAUAUA